AUGUUAUUACAAUCACAAUACGCUUUUUUCAUUUAUGUCGCACCACAGGUGGCUAUGUGUGUGAUGAACCCAUUUGGGGAUGAUGAUGAGGACUUUUGCACUUCUCGAAUGCUGGAUUACAAUCUGGACAUCUCGAUGCGGUCAGCUGGUGCCUUUCCUAGUAUGUACCCCAGCAGACUUCGGCCUAUUCUUCUGCAGCGGCGUCGCAUCCGCAACUCUGAGGAAGAGUCAGACGGCUCUCAAGACCCGACAUUACUGGAAAGAUACAGAGCGGACGGGCAGAAGAGAAGGCAGAGAAAAGUCAGAGCAGAGAAAGCGAGGGUAUCAGAAGAUUCCACAAUGCGGGAUGACUUCGGGGGGGAUUAUGUACUGAAGAGCAGAUCGUCUGAGGAAGGUGGAAAGCGAAAAAGCUUCAGACGAAGAUCAGGUAGCUGA